UGCGGGCGGCUGGCCGCGCGGAGCCCGCGCUUGUCCCUGCCGACGGGAGGGGCGACUUCCGCGGGCCCGGCGCGGCUUCCGGGAGAGGCGGGAGCAGUGGGCGCAGGAGCGGCGCUCGGUUCUGCCGGUUCCGUGCCCUCGGCCGCCGCCAUGGGCCGCAAGAAGCUGCACCGGCCCAUCGCCGCCAUGGCCAAGAAGAUCCGCGAGUACCGGGCGCUGAAGGAUCGGCCGCGGGACUCUCAGCGCUUUGCCGUGGACUACGAGACCAUGCGGCGGCCGCUGACGCAGAAACGACUGCCCGUGCGGGCCUGGGAGGACGUGCGGAACGAGAACCGCCUGCUGGCGCUGCUCUGCCGCCUGCCGCGCUUCGGCGUGGGCCGCACCGUCACCCGCAAGUCCUGGCUGUGGGCGCACCGCGAGCCCUGCUACUGGGUCAUCACCAAGGUGAAGGCGGACCACACGGCCCAGAACAUGGACCAUGGAAGAGCCUGGGGCUACCUGACCUUCAAAGGUAAAACCGGCUCGUUUUGCCACACAUGGGGGCAGAGUUCGAGAGCAUCGGGCAAAACUGAAGACGAAGUGAGGGAGAUUGACAAAGCCAUGUACCAUGACUGGCGUAUAGUGCCCAAACAUGAGGAGGAAGCCUUUAAGAAAUUCACCCCAGUGCCUGAGGCGACUGGUCAGUUCUUGCCAUACCCACCACUGCUCCGAGCCAUGAUCCUUGCACAGUGGCAGAAGGAAGGAAAACCAAUCAUGGAAGAGCCAAUUAUUGAUCUGGAGAAGGUCCUGGCCUGUCCCCAAGAGUGGGCAAAGAAAAAAGCUACUGGGACACCUGUGUAGAGACUUCUUCAGUGUCUUAAGCAUCCCACGUGCUCUCACUGCCUGUUAGAAGCUCAGUGUACAAAGGGUCUUACAGAGCCUCUCUGUGACCAUUGUCCUAGGAUGUUUCCAGCUUUCUCCUCAGCCCUGUACAGUCACCUCAUCUGAAAGGGAAGAUGCAGAUGUAUUCAGACUCUUCUUCCAUAACUUUGGUUUCAGUAAGCAGAGGGGUCUUCUUGGUUCCCUGGAUAGUCUCUAAAUACAUAGCUUCAGUCAGCCAGCUGCAGUUCUUUGGAGCAUAACAUAUUUUAUAUAACUUGGGUCCUGCAUGAAUCACAGAAAAAUUACUGUAAAUAUCACAGUAUUUCACAGAGCUGUGAAAAAAAGUAUCUUCAAAUGGAAAUAAAUGUUUUCUUAAUUCUGCA